AUGGAUGCCUAUGUUAAUGGAUCCAUGGGGAAAUUUGAUAAUGAAUAUUUCAGCAUUGACGACACUGAGUGUGUUGCUAAACUUCUGAUGAACAGGGCUUUUAAUAAGUUUGAGCUUGAAGAUGUUCGGAAACUUGCAGCUGAGCUCUGUGGACGUAUUCAUCCCUAUAUUCUAUUUCCAAUUGUUUCUUCUCAAUUGAAAAUUGCUGCAAAUGCUCAUGAUUUACUGAAGAUAAAAGCUUGUCUGUUUUCAAUUUGCACAUCUCUUGUGGUAAAAAUCUGUCAUCACUACGAAUUUAUCUUUUGUUUCAUAGACUUUGAUUACCGAGGCAGGGAUUCAGUCUUGCCUCCUGUUAUCUCCAGAAUUACAGAAACAAUUGAAACUGUUCUGUUAUGGCCUUCGAUGGAUGGAGAUGAAGUUUCCAAAGCACAACAUGGGUGUAUUGAUUGUCUAGCACUGAUGGUAUGUACUGAACUACAAGCACUAGAGUUAUUCAAUUGCACCUGGAACGGAACUAGCAUUGUUGGAGAGGAUGGUUGUUCUGGUAGUGCUUCUGCAAGAAAUUCAGUCCACACUUAUGUGAUCCAUCAAUUGACUUGUGAUAAGAAUGAAUUUAUCUCGUCUGGUAGAGAGAAGUCUGAGGCAAAUGUCCCUCUCCCAUUUCGCUUGUGCAUGGCUAAUGUCCUCAUUAGUGCUUGCCAGAAAAUCUCCAACUCUGGCAGGAAACCCUUUGCCCAGAAAACUCUUCCUUGUCUCAUUCAAUCUGUUGGGGUAGCAAAGGAGCCAGAGAUUAGAGCAGCAUGUAUUCAGGUUCUCUUCUCAGCUGUGUACCAUCUGAAGACUGCAAUUCUUCCUUACUCCUCUAAUCUUCUUAAAGUCUCUUUGAAAUCUCUUAGAGAAGGAUCAGACAAG